UCUGUUCCGAAUAGGGGACACAGUGGUGAAUGAUAGCAUCCGUGUAUUACAACUGUAAGCUCAAGCAACUGCCGCUUUCUCAUCCAAGCAGUGGUUAAAGGGCAGGUGUAUCUCGUCAUUGUUUACCUACAAAGCCUUUAGUGCCACUCCCUUCAUAUCCCUUGAAUUGGAUCUUGGCAGCCCCGCCUCCUUGAAACGCAGGGUGGCUCUGGUAGCAAAGUGCCGGAUCUACCCGUCUGAAACUGGGGUGCUGGAAAAAAGCGCUGUCCACUAAAGCGCAUUUCUUUGGAUAUAUUUCACAACUCAUUUAACUGACUUGUCGUUGGAGCCAGCACCUGCCAGUCCUGGUCAACUAACAAGCCAUGAAGUUGUGUCCUGCUAUAGCUGUGAUUCUGUGGUGCGUUGCUGCUAGCUUGACACAGGCUGCCAAAAUUGUCAUCGUGCCUCCAAUCAUGUUUGAGAGCCACCUGUACAUCUUCAAGACUCUGGCGUCGGCCUUGCACCAGGAGGGGCACGACACGGUAUUCCUGGUGUCCGAGGGUCGUGAGGUGCCCCCCUCCGAACACUACCGGCUCCAGCGCUACCCGGGCAUCUUCAACAGCACCUCGGCGGACGACUUCCUGCAGAGCAAGGUGAAGAACAUCUUCUCGGGGCGUCUGACGGCGCUGGAACUCUUCGACAUCCUGGACCACUACUCCCAGAACUGUGACGUGAUGGUGGGGAGUGAGUCCGUCAUGUCCCGGCUCAAGGAGGAGAAGUUCGACCUUCUCCUCGUCGACCCAAACGAGAUGUGCGGCUUCGUCAUCGCCCAUCUCCUGGGCGUCCGCUACGCCGUCUUCAGCACGGGCCUCUGGUACCCCGCGGAGGUCGGUGCCCCCGCCCCCUUGUCCUAUGUCCCGGAGUUCAACUCCCUCCUCACCGACAAGAUGAGCCUCCUGCAGAGGAUUACAAACACGGCUGUCUACCUGGUGUCCCGCUUCGGGGUCCAGUUCCUGGUGCUGCCCAAGUACGACCGGAUAAUGAAGAAGCACAACGUCCAGCCUCAGGUGUCCAUGCAUGAGCUGGUCCAGGGCAGCCGGCUCUGGAUGCUCUGUACGGACAUGGCCCUGGAGUUUCCCCGACCCACCCUCCCGCACGUGGUAUAUGUCGGAGGCAUCCUAACCCAGCCCCCCAGCCCCCUCCCAGAAGAGUUUUUAUCUUGGGCCAACAGCGCAGAGGAGAAAGGGUUUGUGCUGGUCUCUUUUGGAGCAGGUGUGAAGUACCUGUCUGAUGACAUCGCCAAGAAGCUGGCGGGAGCUCUGGGGAGGCUCCCACAGAAGGUUAUCUGGAGGUUUUCUGGAAUUGUACCCAGUAAUUUAGGAAACAAUACCAAGCUUGUGGAAUGGAUGCCGCAAAAUGACCUACUUGGUCACCCUAACAUCAGAGCCUUUCUGAGUCACGGAGGACUCAACAGCAUUUACGAGGCCAUGUACCACGGCGUUCCCGUGGUGGGAGUCCCGCUGUUCGGAGACCACUACGACACCAUGACCAGGGUGGAGGCCAAGGGCAUGGGCAUCAUGCUGGAGUGGAAGAGGAUGAGCGAGGAGGACCUGUACCAGGCCAUGGUGAAGAUCAUGAAGGACAACAGGUAUAAGGAGCGAGCCCAGGUCCUCUCUCACAUUCACAAGGACCAGCCGGGUCACCCCGUGACCCGCGCCGUCUACUGGAUAAGCUACAUCCUGCGACACCACGGCGCCGACCACCUACGCUCCUCCAUCUACAGCAUCCCCACCUACCAGUACUUCCUGUUAGACAUAGUCGCCGUGGUGACGGCGGCCCUGCUGGCGCUGGCUUACGCCGGUUACCGGAUAGCCAAGCUCGUCACGGCAACGCGGUGCGGGGCCUCGUCGGGUGACAAGGCCAACGGACACUGCCACAACGGCUUACCGAACGGAAAGCACCGGAAGAACGGGCACAUCAAACUCGAGAAAAAAGUGAAAUAGAACAGCCUUCCCACCCACCCCCCCACCCCUCCCCCCUCGCCUCCCCCUCAUGGGUUCGGUCCGGCUAGUACUGUAUCGCGCAAAGCAAAGCAACGACUACAACGACAAGCGACAGAAUACGCUGGCCAUGCAGUCAUAGCCCAGCGGCCGAUUUUCAGGCACAGCGAAGGCUAAGGCUAACGCUAGCGCAACGACAGGACACACACUCGCGCACACACACACACACACACAGAAUCCAUCUAAUAAAAGAGUUGGGAGGCCAAAGUCUUUAUCUGUGCGUGUCUGUGUGAGUGUGCAAAAAAAAAAAAAAAAAGAUACCUAAAUAGGACUAACAAAAAAAUGGACUUUUUCAUUCGUUUUUUCAAAACCUUCUUCCCUGUGGAAAGUCCCUGUAGCGGUGUGAAUGUGAACAAGCUGUUGUGAAGGUCGCCUCUGUCUGUAUCAUCCCCACUUUGAAGGAAAUUAACAUAUUAACAUGAAACUACUGUACUGCUGAACAUCAGGUAAAUCUUUAAAAUGGAGAGGGAACAAAAUCUAUUUAUUACUGUAGUACUGUACUAAUUUUAUUUUCAAUUGAGAUGGGUUUGUUUUAAUCAGCAUAUAAUAUGAA